CGCGAUUUACCCCUUCGUCAUAAAGAUAGCUUUUUCUCAUUUGUCUCGAUACUAAAACCGUUUAUAUUAUAUAUACUGGAGUCGUAUUUAAAAAAAUAGCUUAUGAGAAGAAAAGUGAAAUUUAUUUUUAAAAGUCGGUGCUAUACUUCGACAAGUUUUAUCAACGAAUAAUCAAAAGCAAGUGACAGGAGACCUUGGAGAAAGUGCGUCGAGGAAUCACGGCUUUAGUUUUGGCACGAAACGAAUAAGAUUUUUGCAAAAUGGUCGAAGCACUCCUGGAGUCAGGAGGCCAAGAUGUUGCUAUUGCUGACAGUGGAUCUAGAGCCGGAACACCAACAGAAUGUGCACCAAGAAUUACUCCGAUUAUUGAUAUGAAUUUAACACCAAUACAAGAGUUUUAUGCAGGUCAAAGUAUUUUCAUAACUGGCGGGACCGGUUUUCUUGGGAAAUUAAUUAUCGAAAAAUUACUCAGAAGUUGCUCAAAUCUGUCAGUCAUUUACCUUUUGGUUCGUCCAAAAAAAGGAAAAGACACUCAUCAGAGAACAGAGGAGCUUUUUGAUGAUCCGUUAUUUUCAAAGUUAAAAGAAGAGCAUCCGAAGUUUCGUCACAAGAUUGUAGCAAUUGAAGGUGAUUGCAGCUCUCCAAACCUUGGAAUCUCAGAAACUGACCGAAGUAUGUUAAUUAAUGAAGUUUCUAUCGUCUUUCACGUUGCUGCAACUCUGAGUUUUGAUGAAAAAAUUAAACUAGCUGUUUCUAUUAAUGUUCAGAGCCUAAGAGAUAUGAUCAGUAUGAGUAAACGAAUGUCCAAGUUGAAGUCCUUUGUUCAUGUUUCUACGGCUUAUGCUUACUGUACAGAACAAACAAUCGAAGAGAAACUUUAUGCUCCUCCAAUUAAUGCAGAAAAAUUAGUUACGCUGAUGAACUGUGUUGAUGAUAAUCUUGCAGAAGAAAUGACACCAUAUCUUCUAGGUAAAUGGCCAAACACAUACGCUUAUACAAAAGCUAUCGCGGAAAAUGUAGUAGAGAAGGAAGCAGUAGACAUGCCAAUUGGAAUUUUCAGACCAGCAAUCGUUAUUUCAACAUAUCAAGAGCCCAUAAAAGGAUGGAUAGAUAACUUUUAUGGACCAACUGGAGUAGCUGCUGCAGCAGGAGCGGGUCUAUUACGCACUCUCCAUUGCGAUGGAUCUAUUCAUGCCAAUGUAGUACCUGGGGACAUGGUUGUGAAUGCUUUAUUGAGUUCUGCAUGGGACAUUGCUCAAGUUCAUCGUAGCAAAAAAGAAAUCCCUGUUUAUAAUUAUGUUUCUCAAGAUAAUCCUAUCACUUAUGAAGAUUUGAAAGUUAUGUCUCAAAAGUAUGGACUUAAUUAUCCCACCACCAGAGCUAUUUGGUAUUAUAGCUUCAGAAAUAAUAAAUACAGAAUCGUUCAUCUCUUUUUUGUUUAUUUUUUCCAUCUUCUUCCGGCUCUCUUUAUUGAUGCUGCAACACUAUGUAUGGGUAAACGUGCUCGAUUGCUCAAAGUAUAUAAAAAAAUUCAUCGAUUUAUGGAUGUUCUCAACUAUUUUUCUACCCAAGAAUGGAAAUUUGGCAAUGAUCGAAUGAAUUCACUCGUUGACAAGAGAGAUCCGAGGGAUAAAACGUUAUUUUUCUGUGACAUCAAAAGUCUUGUUUGGGACUUGUAUUUUAAAACAUAUCUACGUGGCAUACGAGUCUAUUUAAUUAAGGAUCCACUGGAGACUUUGCCAGAAGCGAGAAUUAAAUGGCGACGAAUGUAUUGGAUUCAUCAAGUAGUUAAAUUACUUCUUGCUUAUCUAGUAUUAAAAAUUGUGUGGGGAAUAUUAUCAAUUAUUAUGAUAUAAUAAAUGAGUAAAUUCAUCUCAAAGCUGAUAAGUAUGAUGUAUUAUUUUAAUCAUGAAAAAUAAGAAAAUUAUAGCAGAAUAUGAAUUGAUGAACAUAAACAUUUCUAGCAAUAAAAAUAAUUGCAUAUUACGGAUUUUGUAAAAAAGAUAAUUAUUAUUUAAAGGUCUGACGAAUUAAAUGAAUGCUUGACA